UUUCAGUGCGGGUUCAACGCUGGGGAUGGCAUUAACUGGAAAAGGAUUACUAACACAACAUUUUUAGAUCUUCCCUAUACUACAAACGUGAACCAACCAGGAAUAUGGAUGUUUAGACUUGAUAACGCAGCUAUAAACAAUGGAGGCUGUAAUACGAAAGGACAUUUGACCAUCAAGCCYUAUAAAGUCGACAUGCUUGGCGGUCGCAAUGUGGAACUACAUGGCCCGUGCUAUGAAAAUUACAACCAAAUUAUGUGCAAGUUUCGGGAUGGUACGCCGUCAAAAGGAGCGCUCAUUAGCUACCUUGACGAUACACUCGCUAGAUGCACAGUACCAAUGGUAUUUUUUAUUGGCCCAGCAAAACUCUACCUGUCMCUUGAUAAUGGUAUAACAUAUCCAUAUGAUGGGACAUUUUUUUAUG